CUUGGUUGCAUGCCGCACAGCUCUGUAUGGCAGAUGGAUGAAGCAAGCUCGUUUCGAGACUGCCAUGGAUUGCUCGGAUGAGCGUAUCCGCAGUGGCAGCUGAGUGUUUACGGGGGCGUCUCGCCUACGAUCGGCGAAGGUGUCCGGUAGCAGAUCGAUGCGAUCGGAGAACAGAGCGACCCCGCGGAUGGUAUCCGGCACGAAAACAGAACAGGAAAAAAAAAGGGAACAACGGAAAUCGCAGUCGCGAACAUUGUCUCCUUAAAAGAGCUGGCCAUACCGGCAUCUUAUGCAGCAGCAACACCACGACAAACUCCCCUCUUUGAACUCAAAAACGGCAUCAUGCGUGGCUCAGCAGUGAACGGGGGCAUCCAGAUUGCUAUCGACCGCGGUGGUACCUUUACCGAUGUCCACGCGAUCGUCCCCGGCCGAGACGACAUUGUGCUCAAGCUCCUCUCUGUCGACCCGCAAAACUACCCUGACGCACCCGCCGAGGGCAUCCGCCGGGUGCUUGAGGAGGCGCUUGGAAAGCCGGUGCCACGUGGUGAUCCUAUCGACCUUUCCCCCGUCUCAAGCAUCCGCAUGGGCACGACCGUGGCAACCAAUGCGCUGCUAGAGAGGAAGGGCGAGCGGUCUGCCCUGCUUAUCACCAAGGGAUUUCGGGACCUUUUGGUCAUCGGGAACCAGGCUAGACCGGAUAUAUUCGACCUGACGGUGUCUAAGCCGGGUGUCCUCUACGAGAAAGUCAUCGAAAUCGACGAACGAGUGACCUUGGAAGGGUUUACCGAGGACCCAGAUAAGAAGGUUAUUGAUGCUGCCUCUGACCCCAACCUUGUCAUCGGACUUUCAAAGGAAGUGGUUCGCGUCCUACGCAAGCCGGAUUUAGAUCACAUCCGCAAGGAGAUCCUGAGCCUCCGUGACGAAGGCUUCAAGAGUUUGUCUGUGUGUUUCAUGCACAGUUACACCUAUCCAGACCACGAGCUUGCCGUCGCCAGGAUUGCUGAAGACCUGGGCAUGAGCGUAUCCGUCAGCUCUGCUCUGCAGCCAAUGAUCAAGGCGGUACCCCGUGGGCAGUCUGCAACCGCUGACGCGUACCUCACUCCCCUGAUACGCGGUUACGUAGGAGGUUUCAGGGAAAACUUCAUCGGCCGCCUGGGAGAUUCCUCGACCACACGCUGCGACUUCAUGCAGAGCGAUGGAGGACUGGUCGAUUUCCGCAGGUUUUCCGGCUUGCGCGCAAUCCUUUCUGGUCCUGCGGGUGGCGUGGUCGGCUAUGCGCAGACAUCAUUCGACAAGGACAAGGGAAAGCCAAUCAUCGGCUUCGACAUGGGGGGCACAUCGACAGAUGUCUCACGAUAUGCCGGCGCAUAUGAGCACGUUUUUGAAACCAACACUGCAGGCAUUGCGCUCCAAACGCCUCAACUAGACAUCAACACUGUCGCCGCCGGUGGGGGUUCGUGCCUAACCUGGUCCAACGGACUGUUCAGGGUCGGCCCGGAGAGCGCCGGUGCUCACCCAGGCCCGGCAUGUUACCGAAAGGGCGGUCCCCUCACUGUCACCGAUGCAAAUCUGUUCCUCGGCCGUCUUGUUCCCGAGUACUUCCCCCAGAUCUUUGGAGAAAACGAGGACCAGCCGCUGGAUGUCGUCGUGACCCGAAAACUGUUUGAGCAGCUGAAGGAAGAGAUCAACUCAUCUCUCCCGCCCGAGUCAUCCAAGCUGACGGCUGAGGAAGUCGCCCUAGGGUUCCUCCGGGUCGCCAACGAGAGCAUGUGCCGGCCAAUCCGCACCCUAACCGAGGCUCGUGGCCACGAUGCCGCGCACCACGACCUUGCAGUUUUCGGCGGCGCUGGUGGGCAGCAUGCUUGCUCCAUCGCCUCCGCCUUGGGAAUCGGCCGAGUCAUCAUGCAUCGCUUCAGUUCCAUUCUUUCUGCUUACGGCAUGGCCCUUGCAGACCUCGUGUCUGACGUACAAGCACCCCUAGCCUGCGCCUUCAACGAUGCAACCCUCGGCCAGAUAAAGACGGUUGCGGCUGAGCUCCGAUUGAAAGCCGAGGCCAGCCUCAGAAGCCAGGGCCUCGACGGCGAUACUGCUGUGGAGGACGAACUGUUUCUUCACAUGCACUACGAGGGAUCGGAUACGCUGAUCAUGAUCUCCCAGGAUGGGGAAGACUGGGACUUUGCAACCAAGUUCAUCCAACGCCACCGGCAGGAGUUCGGCUUCACUAUGCCCCGAGAAGUCUUCGUGGGCGACGUCCGUGUUCGUGCUGUUGGAAAGAGCAAGGCUGCUGCGUUGGUGACAAUCCCAGCGAGGGAGAUGAGCAAGAUGGCAUUUUCUCCAGCGCCCGAGAAAGCUGUGCAGAUGGUCAAGAAGAUCUUCCUGGACGGCUCGGGCUGGCAGGAAAUCCCGGUGUACCUGCUUAACUCGCUCCAGCCAGGCAACCAGGUCAGAGGCCCGGCCAUGAUCAUCGACAACACUCAGACGAUAGUGGUCGCCCCCAACGCAAGAGCCACCGCGCUAAGGGAACACAUUGUCAUCGACAUUGAGACCCUAAAGCUACACAAGGAUUCCUUGACUCGCUCAGUCCUUGAUCCUGUCCAGUUGUCCGUCUUCGGGCACCGUUUCAUGGGCAUUGCCGAGCAGAUGGGUAGGACGUUGCAAAAGACUAGCGUCAGCACCAACAUCAAGGAGCGACUGGAUUUCUCGUGCGCCCUGUUCUCGGGAAGCGGCAAGCUUGUCGCAAACGCUCCUCACGUUCCGGUCCAUCUCGGAAGUAUGCAGUACGCAGUGCUUUGGCAACACGAGCACUGGAAAGGAAAGCUAAAGGAAGGCGAUGUCCUGGUGUCAAACCAUCCUAUUUGUGGCGGCACUCAUCUGCCAGAUAUUACAGUUAUUACCCCCUUCUUUAAGGACGGGAAGAUCGUCUUCUACGUCGCCUCCCGAGGACACCACGCCGACAUUGGCGGCAUCUCUGCAGGCUCUCUCCCACCCAACUCGACAGAACUAUGGCAGGAGGGUGCAGCUAUCGAGGCUGUCAAACUUGUCGAGAACGGGGUGUUUAAUGAAGAUGCCAUGCGGGAGCACCUACUUGAGAAGCCUGCCAGGUAUCCAGGAUGCAGCGGCGCCCGCAACUUGUCAGACAACUUCGCAGACCUUCGUGCCCAGACCGGUGCCAACCAGAAAGGAAUAAACCUGAUCAGUCAACUAGUCGAGGAGUAUAGCCUCGAGACCGUCUUGUUCUACAUGAACGCAAUCCAGGAAAACGCCGAGCUUGCUGUCCGCCGCUUGUUGAAAGACAUGUAUGUCAGAUCUGGUGGACAGCCACUUGAAGCUGUUGAGCACAUGGACGACGGCACACCGAUCAAACUCAAGAUCACUAUCAACGGCAAGGACGGUAGUGCCGAGUUUGAUUUCACAGGCACUGGUCCCGAGGUUUACGGAAGCACAAACGCCCCCACCUCAGUCACAUAUUCCGCCAUCAUCUACGUCCUGCGCUGCCUAGUGAAGGAAGACAUACCCCUUAACCAGGGCUGCCUGACCCCAAUCAACGUCAUCAUGCCUCCACGAACCCUGCUCUCGCCCAGCGCCGAGGCCGCCGUGGUGGGCGGCAACUGCGUGACGUCGCAGCGCGUCACCGACGUGAUCCUCCGCUGCUUCGACGUCUGCGCGGCCAGCCAGGGCUGCCUGAACAACCUCACCUUUGGCAAGAGCUCGCGCCUCGACGCCAACGGCAAGUACACCCCGGGCUACGGCUACUACGAGACGAUCGCCGGCGGGGCCGGCGCCGGGCCGACCUGGCGCGGCACGGACGGCGUCCAUGUGCACAUGACCAACACGCGCAUAACCGACGUCGAGAUCUUUGAGCGCAGAUACCCCUGUCUUGUGCGGGAGUUCAGUCUCCGCACCGGCAGCGGCGGCGGCGGUCUGCAUCCGGGCGGGGAGGGCUGCGUGCGUGACAUCGAGUUCCGCGAGCCGCUGUCCGCGGCCAUCCUCUCGGACCGGCGGGUGCACGCGCCGUACGGCUUGCGCGGCGGCGACCCCGGCGCCGUUGGGGUGAACCUGUUCGUCAAGAAGCUGCCCGGCGGCGAGGACCGCGUCAUCAACCUGGGCGGCAAGAACUCGAUCCAGGCGGACGUCGGCGAUCGGAUCGUGAUACGGACGCCGGGGGGCGGGGGUUGGGGGAGGAAACUGAGCGGGGAGACAAAUGGUUGCCUUGUGAACGGACAUGCGUCGGUGAAUGGAAACGGGAUGAGUGUGCCUUAUAUGCGGGGGAUGGGAAGUGUCGCAUCGACCCAAUCCAUGCAGAACAGUAAUUAG